AUGCCAAAGUUCCGUGACACUAUUCUCCUCGCUCAUGCUUCCCGUUUGGUUAACGCUGAAGAAUUCGUGCUACUCUACGAUUUACACAAGCCUAAAAAUCCGGAUUUACCGUACACUAACUACGAGUGCUUCGAUCUCGACAAGAUGACCGAUGAUGAAUGUAAAACUGAGUUUAGAUUUUACAAGAAUGACAUUUACAACUUGGCAGAGGUGUUUACUUUACCGGAUCGGAUCGUUUGCUACAAUGGUGUAAAUGUCGACAUGGUUGAGGCAUUGUGCAUUUUUCUUAAAAGAUUUGCCUAUCCCUGUAGAUACGUAGACAUGAUACCCAGAUUUGGAAGGCCAGAACCACAAUUGUGUAUGAUCUCAAAUGCUGUUAUGAACAAGAUGUAUCAAACAUGGAACCGCCUUCUCACUGAUUUGAACCAGGAUUGGUUAAGACCCGAUCAUUUAGAGGAGUUUGCCGUUGCAGUUCACAACAGGGGAGCUGCUCUUGACAACUGUUGGGGGUUUGUUGACGGUACUGUGAGGCCCAUAUGCCGACCAGGACAAAACCAAAAG